CGUGAAAAGGAACAUGUUACUCCGUAUAAACCACAUUUUAAUGGAGCAAAGAAGGAACAUGUGUACAGUAGGAAUUGUUCCAGAGCUCGUUCUGCUUUGUGGAACACCAUUGCACCAAAAACUGUUCAGAGUUUCUGGUUGUAAUCUGCCGCUGUUAAUCGGAUUUAAGGGUUAAGUCUGUUCCUAUAUAUCAAUCCUACUAGGGAUUCUACUGUUCUUGUUCUCAUAAUCCGCUUUAGAACUUCUAUGGCGAGAAAGGAAAGUUCAUCUCCGACUGAAGUCCCCUCGUUAUUCAAUCUAUGCUCCGGUGUUAUCAAAGACGGCCUUCUUUGCGGUGGCGAUGUUGAUCUCAUCGCCGGCGUUUAUCAACUUCCGUCAGAGUUGUUUCAGCCCUUGCUGCCUCUGUUACCUCCGCUGGCUUUGCAAAGACUGCAAGAACAAAUGCCAUUUGACUUUGGGGACGAUCAUGGAUCUGUUCCUGAUAACUACGAAAACGAUAUUCCAAGAAAAAGGAGAAGACAUGUGAGUUUUCAGAAAGUUUGGGAGACACUAUAUAAAGCACGGUGGCCUGAUUGUGACAAGAAAUAUAGGCAUGGGGAAAUAUGGUCAUUACAUAACUUGAUCAAAAGAAGGGAACCAAAGCAUGAAUUCACUCAUGACUGGCAGCAGAUUUACUGGGAGACACAUCUACAAACCUGUCUGGAUGCAGCUGCAGAGAUAGCUUUAUUACCUUCUUUUGAAGGUCAUAUUGGUGAAGUUAAAGUUCCUGAGUCUAUACUGAAGCAUAUUGGUUAUAGGGAACACUUUCCUGCCUCAUCUCAUGACCCCUCGAUGUUCACAUAUCACUGCCAACAAUUUGGAUUAUAUGCCUGUUAUCUGAGGCUACCUAGUGUGCUUUGUGUUGCAGAAACCUGUUAUUUGUUAAGAAAUGCUAAACUGCAGAGGUUGGAACUAAGGUGGAUAAAAUCUCAAACGGAAGAGGAUGUUGAGGGAUUGUGUAAACUUUUAAAGCAGAAUAGUGGGACCCUGAAGUCCAUUAAUUUUAUAUAUUCCAAGUUUUCUGCAUCAACUCUGAAUGCAAUUUGUAGCUCAUUAUGCUUCAAUGAUCUUCAAACUCACGAUGUCCAACAUUUCACUAUCAUGGCAUCUAGAUUUCUUUCGGAAAAUGGUGGAUCUAAUCUACCCUCUGGACUGCUGCUUUUCUUAUCAUCCGGAAGGUCCUUGUGUUCGUUGAGUUUGUCUGAUAGCAAACUUGAUCAAAAUUGUGCGAGAAUGAUCUUCCACACACUCCUUGAUUAGUGGUUGGCUCUCUCACUUUAAAUGGCAGUCCACAAGUAACAUGCACUUGCCUUUUGGAAUAUCCAAUUCGUUGAAGUCAUUACGUGUACUGAAUUUAAGGUAUAUCUUAAAUAUAUACGGAGUAAUUUA